AUGCCGGCGCUAAAAGUGUUAUCGGCGUUAGAUGUGGCGAGGAUACAGUGGUACCAUUUCAAGGCGAUAAUCGUCGCCGGAAUGGGUCUCUUCACCGACGCUUACGAUCUCUUCUGUAUAGCUCCGAUCAUGAAAAUGAUCGGCCAAAUCUAUUACCACAAAGACUCUAUAGGAACCGCUGUUCUCUCCACUUCUUACGCCAUCGCUCUCCUUGGCACCGCCUUAGGUCAGCUCAUCUUCGGCUACUUAGGCGACCGUGUCGGUCGUCGAAAAGUCUACGGUCUUUGUCUCAUGAUCAUGGUCUUAAGCUCCUUUGGCUGCGGUUUCUCCGUGUGUACCACUCGCCGUUCUUGCGUUAUAGCGAGUCUUGGCUUCUUUAGAUUCGUCCUAGGGCUAGGGAUCGGUGGAGACUACCCUCUCUCGGCCACGAUCAUGUCUGAGUUUGCUAAUAAAAGGACACGUGGGGCUUUUAUCGCCGCCGUGUUCUCCAUGCAGGGGCUAGGAAUCUUGAUGAGCUCAGCCGUUACGAUGGCUGUGUGUGAGGCGUUUAAGAGGGCAGGAGAAGAGAGUUUGGAGAAAAUGAGAGCGGCGGGGAUGGAGACUUUGGCUCCGUGGGAAUCUGAUAUUGCGUGGAGGUUGAUUCUGAUGAUCGGUGCUCUUCCCGCCGCUUUAACGUUUUACUGGCGAAUGCUUAUGCCUGAAACCGCCAGAUACACAGCAUUAGUUGAGAACAAUGCAAUCCAAGCAGCAAAAGACAUGCAAAUGGUCAUGUCCGAGUCCAUAUUAUCUGAAAUUGCAGAAGAUUUAUCAUCGGAGACACCACAACAACCACCGUCUUCUUCCUCCUACAAACUCUUCUCUCGCCGUUUCUUCAGCCUCCACGGUCGUGACCUCUUCGCAGCCUCCGCCAAUUGGUUCUUAGUGGACGUCGUCUUCUACACAAGCAACCUCCUCCUCUCUCAAAUAUUCACCUUCUCCAACAAACCACCCAAUACCACAAACGUCUACGACUCUGCCUUCGAGGUGGCUAAGGUGGCAGCCAUAGUAGCCGCGUGCUCCACCAUUCCCGGCUACUGGUUCACCGUUUAUUUCAUCGAUAGAGUUGGUCGAGUCAAGAUUCAGAUAAUGGGCUUUUUCCUUAUGGCCCUUGUUUACUUAGCAGCUGGCAUUCCGUACAGCUGGUACUGGUCUAAGCAUGAGAAGACUAAUAAAGGUUUCAUGGUUCUCUAUGGAUUGAUCUUCUUCUUUAGCAACUUUGGACCUAAUACAACGACGUUUAUAAUCCCAGCUGAGCUUUUUCCGACAAGGUUUAGGUCCACGUGCCAUGGGAUUUCUGGAGCUGCCGGGAAACUUGGAGCAAUUGUUGGGACUGUUGGUUUCUUGUGGGCCACAAAACACGAGGAUGAGGCCAAGGAGGACAUUUUCCCAGACGUUAAACGCGUGAGGAUCGCGUUUUUGAUACUAGGCGGUGUUUGUAUCACUGGUGUGUUGGUAACGUAUUUCUUCACUCGUGAAACUAUGGGAAGAUCGCUAGAAGAGAACGAAGAGGAUGAGAUUGGUACCUCUUCAGCACCUGGAUCAGCUUCUGCUAAUGAGUUACUUCCAAGACAAUAGUGAUUUUGAUAUCACAACAUAAUCAAUCAUCUUUUGAUAUUUCUUCUCCAAUUUUCCUUGGUGUUUGAUGUUUGAUACUCACAUACUCUUGUUUACUCGAUUUUUUUGUCUCUUCUGUUUCACUUUUUGGCGUAUGUAAUUGUCAAACCUUG